AUGACAUUCGCUGAGCUUCUGGAUCAGAUCGGGGGCAUGGGCCGCUUCCAGAUCCUCCAAGUCACUUUGUUGGUGACCCCGAUUUUAUUAACAGCCAGCCAUAACCUGCUCCAGAAUUUUUCAGCCGGGAUACCCGAUCACCAUUGCCGGGUCAGGCUAGCGCACAACGGCACUUAUGCCCAUACCAACUGGACUCAAAUGCCAACGGGUGAGGAAGAUCCCUGGGGGAUUCCCAAAGAUGCCAGCGGGCAACCCGAGAAAUGCCUCCGCUUUGUGGCCACCGAGUGGCCUCCGCUGAAUGCCAGCGCCGAAGUUGGGGGCAACGGCACGGGCACUGCGACCGAACCGUGCAAGGACGGAUGGGUUUAUGACCGAAGCAUCUUCACUAACACCAUCAUUAUGGAGUGGGACCUGGUUUGCAACCGGAAGACGCGGAGACAGAUGGCCCAAUCCAUUUACAUGGGAGGAGUUCUUGCUGGCGCUCUUAUACUUGGGAGCUUAGCAGACAGGUUCGGCCGCAAAGCGAUCUUAACGUGGUCCUACCUCCAGCUGGCUGUCUCGGGGGUGUGCACGGCUUUUGCCCCCAAUUACGCAGCCUACUGUGCCUUCCGGUUCCUGGUUGGCAUGGCGCUCUCUGGCAUUGUCCUCAACUGCAUGUCUUUAGUCCUGGAAUGGGUGCCCACCAACAUCCGUACCAUUGCUGGCACCCUGGUGGGUUAUUCCGCCACCUUUGGGCAAAUCAUCCUUCCUGGUCUGGCUUACGCGCUUCCCGACUGGCGCCAGCUGCAAUUCACGGCGUCCAUGCCAUUCUUCAUUUUCUUCAUAUACUCGUGGUGGUUUGCAGAAUCAGCCCGGUGGCUGGUGCUGUCCGGCAAGGCAGACCAGGCGGUCCAUGUGUUGAAGAAAGUGGCUCAGCUGAACGGGAAGAAAGAUGAAGGGGAGAAACUCAACACCGAGGUCUUGAAAUCCAGCAUGCAGAAGGAAAUGACUUUGGCCCAGUCAUCCUACACCUUUGCCUCCUUGGCCCGGACGCCCACGGUACGCCGGAUCUCCUGCUGCAUUUCCAGUGUGUGGUUUGCAACCAGUUUUGCUUACUACGGCCUGGCGAUGGACCUGCAGCAUUUCGGCUUCAGCAUCUACCUCAUCCAGGUGGCCUUUGGUACCAUUGAUAUCCCUGCCAAGCUGGGCUCGGCCAUCGGCAUGAGUUACAUCGGAAGGAGGACCACGCAAGCUUCGUCCGUCAUUUUGGCCGGGCUGGCCAUUCUGGUCAAUAUCUUGGUGCCCUCAGAUUUACGGACACUGAGAACGUUUUUGGCCGUGCUUGGCAAGGGGUGUCUCGCAUCUUCUUUCAACUGUCUGUACCUGUACACUGGAGAACUGUACCCCACAGUGAUCAGACAAACCGGGAUGGGGCUCGGAAGCACCCUGGCCCGUGUGGGUGGCAUUGUGGCGCCCAUGAUCAAAAUGACGGGUGAACAUUGCUCCUAUCUUCCGUCGCUCAUCUACGGGACGGCCCCCAUCCUCUCUGGCAUUGCCGCCGUCUUCCUGCCCGAGACCCUCAACGUGCCGCUUCCUGAUACUAUAGAUGAAGUGGAAGGGAGAAUAACGCCGGAGCGACAGUCCCUUACCGUUCAGAGCCAAGAACCAGUUUUGCUCCAGAAAUUGGACCAAGGGAGAAGAACCCUGGAUGGUGAAAUUUGCUAAGAUGGGGAAAGCGAGGAAUCGGAAAUUAUUGCAAGUUUAUUAGACAUCUUUAAUUGGGUUUUUCUUUUCUUUUUUUUUGCCUUUGGGCUGGAAGUGGUAUUUUCAGAUUUUAAAAAAAAUCAACCAAAUAAAUGAAUAAUUGAUGAAAAUUGUAGUCAUGCCUCUCUGAUAUUUUGAAGCCAAAGACCGGACUAAGUCCCAGGUCUAAGAUGUGUUAAUAUGCAAGUAGUCCUCAACAUACAACCAUUCAUUUAGUGACAUUUCAGAGUUAUACUGGCGUUUCUUGACUUAUAACCAUAGUUGGGACUCAUUCACAGUAAAAUAUGGUUUUAGAAUUCGGAACGAACCCCAGUCAUGUGAGCACCUUUUGCGACCUUAUGACAAGCAGUUAAAGGGGAAGCCAGCUUCACUUAACCAACCGGGUUAAGAAAAGCCAUAAAACUGGGCAAAACUCACUUAACAAAUGUCUCACUUAACAGAAAUUUUUGACCUCGAUUGUGGUCAUAAGUCGAGGAUUACCUGUAACGUUUUAAAAAGUGAAAAUAUCAAACUGCCCAAGAUUUUGCAAUGAAUAUUGGAAUAAUGCAUCUCCUAAAUAUUAUUCUUACCACCCCCCUACGCUGUCUUGGCGAUACCCUCUUCGAGAUCCAGCCUGGCUGGGGAGGAUCUGUCUGGCUUGGCCAGCUUUAAAAAACUAGACUGGACAAAAAACAAUAAUCGUCUAGUCCCUUGUGAGGAAAGGCAACCUGGCUUUGAAGAGACUGCACUUGAGAGACAAGAAUGCUGCCAUGUGGCUCAACCGUACCGCUUAGAAAAGAAUUAAAACCCACACCCAAUUGUUGGACCGACACCACAGGAGUAAAUAAAAGCAGUAUUUAUUAGCUAAUGCUUAUUACAGCCUUAAAAUAAAAUUGGGGGGGAAGAGAGGUUGCCAAAAUAUAGUUCAGCUUCUACUGCAAUAAUAAAAGAUGGAGUGGGAAGGUAUGGAAAGCCUCCAUAUUUAUUUGCUUAUUGAAAGAAAGCCCAAAUUCCAAACCAAUGCAAUCGGAGGGCGCACAGAUCAAUUACUCGGGAAGGAAGGAUAAAAACCAAGCGACCAACUCAACGGAGAACAGCUACUAGUGGGGAAUCAGGGCACAGUGCAGAGGAGGUACGAAGCUGCACAACUAUUUUGUGGCCGUCGCGAGAGAGUGAGAGAGAGAGAGA